AUGUCUAGAUCAAGCACACCGAUGGUGACUCGAACGGGAUCAGGCGACCUGGAUGUUGAUUCUGAUUACUUUAAUGAUGAAGACGCUCUGUUCUGCAGUGCAGUGGCCGGGUUGUCGAACGAGUCGUUCGAUAACUCGCCAUUGAGAGCGCCUAAGAAGCGCUAUUCAGACAAAACGCGUGGUACUCCAUCUGGUAGUACCCCAAAUGUUGCAUCGUCGUUCCAUGCGACGAGGACUCCAGAGUCGAAUCCUUUUGCGAAGGAGCUUUUUGCAACAGCAGUGAAAAAAGCUGCGUCGUCUGCGUCUGCGACGCGGCGCCAGAAUCCCAUUCCGAUAACUCCUUCCAAAACCCCGGCGAAGUAUCCGGUGAAGCAAACCCCCGUUGAUGUUUCCUCCACGAUUCGAAAAGAGCUUGCGAAAAUAGACAUCAGCGACUCAUCGUCACCUUCCCCUCCCGCUAAAAGGCUGUUUGUUAAGCCUCUGGCCUCCAAGUCUGACGAGAAACGGAAGAUGAUCGUUGUUGGAGAUACAGAUUCAGACACGGAAGAGCUAUUCACUGAUACAGAUUGUUCCCCCAUCAACCCGUCUUCCAACUCUUCGUUUGCUUACCCUUUGUCUGGCUCAAAUUCGUCGUUUUCCUUUGUUUCUUCCCAAUCAUCCUCAUCUGGCCCGUCUUCACAAGAGGGGAAACUUGACCGACAUGGCGCAAACAGCUCUCCUCAGAAGGCUAGGACACCAUUCACAGAGGGUGUCCCACUCAAGUCCACUUUCUUUUGCAAGCCAAACACUCAACUCACUUCAGACGCCCCCAUCUCAACCACGCCUCCUCUGCCAGUAGCUACCACGCAGUCGGUCACACCAGCAACUCCGAUACCAGAAUCGGUAACGGAGUUUUGUAAAAAGUCCCUUAGUACUAAACUCGACAGUUACAUUAUUGCUCAUUGUUCUACAACCCAGUCGAUUUUUGAGGACCACAACAUCGCAUGGGGCACGCAGUACGAGUUGGCUAGGGGUGUCACUCAUUGUACCUGGACUUGGGAACAAGUCAGAGAGCAAGUGCCAAACCUCACUGGACCCAACACCACAGCUGCUUACAAGGUUCGAGCUGUGAUGCGAGGGAAGGCCAUACCGCUCAAAAAACAGAACUUCGCAGUCUGGGCGGAGUUGGACCGUGAACAAGACGCUAUCAAGGAAAACCUAUCUCGGGGCUUAGGCCUUAUGGGACCUUGGAAAGGCGAUCCGGACUGGCAUGGUGGCCAGGUACAACAACUAGCACAACUAGUCAAAGUGAAUGGCUCGCUCAAGGUUCAGCUCGAGCCACUGGAGAAACGUCGCUCGCAUAGGUUUGCUCGUUUCUACGGCUCUCGUCGCAUUAUUCAACUCCGGAUUCCGGACGACAUGGUGACCAAGGAUAACGCGACCGUUAAGCAAUUUCUUAGCCAGAAAUUCAUACUUCUAGGUCGCAUUUUCGUCCCAUUUCACUCGAAGGAUGGGGGCGUGUACAUGGUUGAGACUGACCAGAACUCUGGGCGUAUACCAAAGGGUUCUUGCGGGGAUCAAUACCGCCUAUCCUUUGAUGCCUUCAUGCGGUGGCACAACCCCUUGGAGUACAAUUUCAAACAGGCUGCGAGCAAGUUUGUUACUCGGUAUGCGCUGGGCUUAUCGAACUCUAUCCCAGCGCUCGAAUUCAGCGUUGAAAAUAUCAUUUUCAUCAGAGACAUCUACGCUGAAGAUUGGCAUGGAGAGGACCACAAAGCUCCAGCCGAAAAGAUUAUGACUGAUGGGUGUGGUUUUAUCAACCUCACCGCCAUGAAGAUCAUCAAGAAGAAGUUCAACUAUGAUUCACUUCCUACCGGGAUUCAAGGUCGCAUUGCUGGUGCAAAAGGGAUGUGGAUCAGGCACCCUACCGACGACAGUCUUGAACCCAAGAUCUGGAUACGUGACUCGCAAAAUAAGAUCAAGCUUUCAGAGCUGGACAAGGCUCACAGGAUAUUCGAUCUCCUCUCCGUGUCCAAGCCCUCGUCCUCAAUUGCUUUGUCUCAGCAAAGUAUCCUCAACCUCUCUUUCAAUGGUAUCCCCGACGACGUUUUGGUCAAGCUGCUGGAACAGGGAAUCGUCGACGAGGUCAUGCCCCUCCUUGAUUGGAAGCGACCUAAUGCUAUGACAGUUUUGUGGGAUGCCAUCAAUAAGUCAGCUGGUGUAUCCGGGUCUAGGACGCAGAGGGUCGCGGCUGGGGCUAGUCGUGCCCUGGGGUUUCAGCGACAAGACUGGGGCCAUGAUGACGUGGUUGCUGAUCAGGAUGCGGAGACACAGGAUAUAUCGGGAACAACCUACACGGGCCGAAACGAAUAUAGCAAAGCGCCACUUGCACUGCACGAAAUGACGAUGGAGCUCAUUCAGGCUGGUUUCCACCCUUCGCAAUGCAAGAUCUUGCAGGACAAGAUCAAAUUCAUGGUGCAACAAACGAUCAAUUCUUCGGUGGAGAAGUAUAGGAUACCUAUAAAGGAAUCCACGGGAGGUUACAUUGUCGCAGACCCCACUGGUCUCCUCGAGGAAGGUCAAAUCUACUAUCGAUCUUCAGUGCCCAUGACAGACCCGGACACCGAAAUGGACUACUUCGUUUUGCAAGGAGAAGUGGUGCUCGGGCGGUAUCCAAUCCGGCUUCCUUCUGAUAUGCAAAAGGUGACGGCUGUCGACAUUCCGGAGCUUUUCAAUUGGCCCGACGUGAUCAUCGUUUCCACCAAAGGAAAGUUUAGCCUUGCCAGUCUGCUGAGCGGCGGAGAUCAGGACGGAGAUGAGCUUCUAGUCAUCAAGGACAAGUUAAUCGUGGAUUCUUUCAAGAACCAGCCGCUCACCGUCAUACCAUCAGGCUUAAUGGAGUCAGAUUUUGAACGCGAAGUGGAGUCUGUCCCCGAUUUCUGUUGCCGCGCUUUGAGCCUUGAGGAAGCGGCGUCACAUAAAGCAUUUCAAGAGGUCCUCCUCCUCAAUCUCAAUGUUUCCCAGGUCGGUUUGUAUUCCACAUUCCACGAGAACGCCAUCUGGAAAUAUGGCUAUUCUCACCCCGAGACUGUUCGUUUGGCGUACAUUUUCUGCAUUCUACUGGAUUCGAGCAAGACUGGGCAUCGUCUCAAGAGCGGUAUCUUCGAGAAGGACCGGAAGCGAUACGUUGGUCAAGAAGAGCCAUCUGGCAUCCUUCAUCGACUGUUAAAAGCUGGAAGAACCAAAGGCGACGAAUUGAUCCAAGCAUUCCAUGAUGCUUGCAAGGAAAAUCUAGUCAAAGAUAAGGCAAUACUAGAACCUUACAAUACCGCUUCAAACUAUGCACUGGUCACCUUCGACACUAACAAAGUUGUUGGGCAGAUGUUCCUCGACGAACUUACGCGUAUCAGGAAGCAUGUUGAUGAUGCGCAUCUUGAGUUUGGUAAAAGUGCCAACCAUCACACUCCCGAUACACCUACGCCAGGUACGCCUAGCAAGAAGUCCAAGAAGGCCAAAAGCUAUCGAGCCACAGCUGAUCAGGACGAUAAAAUGUUAGCCGCUGCGCAAAAGUACGCGGAACCACUGGAAGGGAUCAUCCUUACCCGGGAUUUGGAGUCUGUCAUGGCCUCAUAUGCCUACGCUGCGUCAAAGUCCCCGCAUUUCGCAUUCACGGUGGCAUUUCAGCAAAUCUGCACCAUCAAGGCGAAGUCAUGCAAGGGUGGUAUAGCUCCAUCCACUAGGGAGUUUGAUGAAGCUAGGAAGAUUACGGCUUCUUUCUUGAGGGCGCUCAAUCGUGGCACUGAUGACAAUUACUAUGGUUCAUACUAG